ACAAGCUGUGAGCGUGUUUGUCAGCUGACGGAUCUGUUACCCAAAUUGGGUUUUCUGCUGCUGUUGCCAUCUUGCUUGUCAUGGGGAGCCCACCAGCCAAGAUGAAGUUUUGUCCCAUCCACAUGCUUUCUGUAAGAAUCCUACAAGCUAAGAACAUCAAGUCCAGAGACCUAUGGACAGUUCCACUUUCCUGCCAAAACCUUGCGGGGCAAUGUUACUCACUGCUUGAUACCAGUCUGAAGUAUUUAGGCAUCUCGGGCUGCAGUAGAAAUCUUCAGUCAAGUCCAGACUCCAGCUCUGAAAGACAUCACCUCGGAGAUUUCUUUUCACACCGUUGUCAAGCUUCUCAAAUGAGUGCAUCAGACUGCUAUGUGCGCUUGUGGCUGCCAUCUGCUUCAAAUGGGAAGCUUCAGACCAAAACCAUCAAGAAUUCUGACAACCCUGUCUGGAACGAAACCUUCUACUUUAGGAUCCAGAGUGAAGUUGAGAACGUUUUAGAAUUGGCAGUAUGUGAUGAAGAUCCACUCACCAAAGAUGACUUGCAGUUCACAGUUCUUUUUAAUGUUGCCAGAAUCAGACCUGGAGAGACACUCCGUGAGACUUUUGCUUUGAAAUCAGAGAAAGAGACGUGCACUAGGAAAUGGGAAAGCUUGGAAGUGGAAUUCUGGUUGGAAAGAAUUCCUGGAUCUCCAGAGCGCCUCAUUACCAAUGAUGUCUUAGUGUCCCGUGAGGUUUGCUGCUUGGAAGUGCAAGUGGACAUUAAUGAAAGCAGGAAAUACUUGAAAGAGGGUAAAAAUCUUGUGCUUUCGGUGCCUGCAUCUCAUGAGGGAACACAGAGAACUACAGAGGACACACAUACUCUCUACUUCCAUUGCGUGAAGGCUUGGGAGCCAGUUCUCAAGGUCCAGCUGCAGAAAGUUACUGAUAAGGAAGAUGACAACAGCAAUUUAAGUGACACCUUAACAGUACCAUUGAGAUAUCUCCCUGUUGGACACAAAGUGAGAGUAACCCUCCCUGUCAGAUAUAAUGUGCCAUUGCAGUUGUACCUCCAACUAAAUGAUUGCACAGAAAAGCUGGAUGUGCGCUUAGGGUAUGAUCUGUGUAGAGGAGAGCAAGAAUUCUUGCAAAAAAGGAGGAGAGUGGUUGCCAGUGCCCUGAAAAGGGUUCUUCAUCUGGAAAGAGAUCUACAUGGACAUGAGGUCCCAGUAAUAGCUGUUAUGGCAACAGGCGGAGGUCUCAGAGCAAUGUCAGCUAUGUUUGGCCACCUCUCUGCUCUUCAGAAGCUAAAUCUGUUGGACUGUGUUACGUACGUUACUGGAGCUUCUGGCUCAACAUGGACCCUAGCAGACCUGUAUGAACAUGCUGACUGGUCACAGAAGAGUCUGGAGGGGCCACUUAAGGCAGUAAAAGAACAAGUGACAAAAUGCAAGCUCAACCUUAUGUCUGUAGAACAUCUGAAGUAUUAUCAUAAGGAGCUUGCUGAAAGGGCAAAAGCAGGACACGUCUUAUCUUUUACAACUCUGUGGUCACUCGUUCAGGAAAUGUUCUUACAUGAAGAGCCAAGAAAGUACAAACUCACAGACCAGCGCAAGGCAUUGGAGCAUGGACAAAAUCCAUUGCCUUUCUAUGCAGUUCUCAAUGUGAAAGAGGAAAAGUUCAGUACUUUCAAAUUUAGAGAGUGGGCAGAGUUCUCUCCAUAUGAGGUGGCUGUACCAAAAUAUGGAGCCUCCAUUCCUUCAGAAUAUUUUGACAGCGAGUUCUUUAUGGGAAGAAGAGUGAAGAAGCUGCCAGAAUCUCGGAUCUGCUAUCUGGAAGGUCUUUGGACAAACAUCUUUACUAGGAAUUUGCUGGAUGGCUUGUACUGGUCCUCAAAUUCAAAUGAAUUCUGGGAUCGAUGGGCCAAAGAUAUGGUAGAUAUGGAAAAACAGUCCCCUGAGGAUGAUGUUCCUAUCAUUGAGCCUCCAUCCUCUUUGUCAGGGAAGUUGUAUGAAAUGUUUCAGGACAUUAUGACCAAGCGUCCACUACUGGCAAAGUCUCAUAACUUCCUGAGAGGCUUAGAAUUUCAUAAGGAUUAUAUUCAUCAGAAAAAAUUUAUUGAAUGGAAAGACACUGUGCUGGAUGGUUUCCCUAACAGUCUGACACCGCUGCAGAAAUAUCUUUGCCUGAUAGAUGUUGGCUAUUUCAUCAACACCAGUGGUGCAGCACUUUUCAAACCAGAGAGGAAUGUAGAUGUCAUUAUCUCACUUGAUUAUGGUUUGGGUGAUGUGUUCAAGCAAUUAGAGAUGACAUACAAAUAUUGCAAGAUACAAAAAAUCCCAUUCCCCAAAGUGGAGUUAACUAAAGAAGAUGAGAAGAACCCAAAGGAAUGUUACGUGUUUUCGGAUGCAGAGGACCCCAGAGCACCCAUAGUAAUCCAUUUCCCCCUGGUCAAUAACACCUUUAAGGAAUUCAAGGAGCCUGGGGUGAGGCGCUCUCACUCAGAAAUGGAAGAAGGCAAAGUAAAUCUGGAUGGCAGCUGCUCACCCUAUUACCUCAUUAGGUUAAUCUACUCCUCUGAAAAUUUUGACAAAAUUGUGAACCUGAGUGAAUACAACAUCCUCAAUAACAAAGACCUGCUCCUCCAGGCAAUCCGAAGUGCUGUAGAACGGAGGAGAAGUGGCAGGACUGGGACUUUCCCCAGCUACUCUCGAGCUGGAUACCCCUAGGCUGGGUUUUUACACUUUUGCCCAAUGAAGGCUACAACAGUCACAUUACAACACAUCACAGUCACAUUGUAACAUUUCACAGUCACAUUACAUCACAUCACCGUGUUAAUUAUUUUUGCAGGAAACUGAGGAAACCUGUACAUUUCUCAUUUUGCCUUGUUCAAGUUCCUAGCUUUCAAAAUGGUUUAUUUAAUCUGCUUCCCUCAAGUUUUCAGACCACAAGAACCUCACACUGUGGUCUUACUUGUUAAGAAAUUAGGGUCCUGGUUAGCAGAGACCUUCCAGGAUCUCCCUGGUUUUACAGAAUAUGGUGGUGGUGAGAGUGAUAAUAUGUACCUAUUCCCUCAAUCCUGAGCCCAUCGUCAGUGUCUUUUCAAUGCUUUGUUACAAACCAAGUCCUGUCCAUUUGCAUUCAGUAAUGUCCUGAUUUUCAGACAGGCUGAGCAACUAGAAUUUGCAUUGAAUUGGUGGGCUCAGCUUUGAAGCCAGGCCAAAGAGUCUUAUAUACCUGUGAACAACGGCCAAACUGCAACAUGGACGAUUGCAUUCUGUCUGGCUGAUUCCCCUCGCUGAUUUGCAAAUUACUGCUUUUUUCCAUUCCCCUGCAAGUUUGGCACAGAAACACUGCUCCAGACUGCACGAGGGGGCCAGUUACAUUUCAAGGAGAGAGGACAUUAGCUGCCGAGAGCUAGUAUGGUUCUUUUGAGUGUUGACUGGAGGAAAAUUCUGCAUAAAGCAUGAGUGAUUAUAUCGAUGUAUGUGGGUAGUGCCUUUAUGCAUUAAAAUGUCAAGAGCCUGAAAGAAGCUUUUGAUACAAAAACCUCGAGUGGAAUAAUUACCAUAGACUCUAGUACAUUUAAUUGAAUAAUCAUUACAUAAACUGGUGCUCCUGAUUUAUGCAAUCUGAAUAUAGGAUAACGUAACUCACUAAGAGAAUGCAUAGCCAUUGUAUUUUCAUACCCAGAAGAUUUUUUUUUCCUUUACAGUCUUCUAUCUAUAACAUCGUAGGCAAGGUAUUUUUAAUAGGUGCUACACUAAAAUAGAACACAUAUAAAAGAAGGAAAUUCUUUAUCACACCUCCUUGCUGGAGGAAAAUACUUGGAAAAAUUGUGCCUGCUUUUCAUUUGCUUUGGAGUGUGCUGAGAGGCUGUGCCUUGAACUAGAAGCUUGGAAUGUCUUUUUAGCCAUCCGCUAUGUUAAAAAGAUGGUAGGGAAGGCUGGUGAGCAAUAUGAAACAGAGCUCCCCAGAAGUCAGAGAAGUUUCCAGACUUCCUAGCACUGCAGAAUUUGGACCUGCAUCUGUUUUAUUGAAUUCAAACACAGCAUAUUCAUCAGGGCCUCCAAGGAAAGAUCUUAGACAUUUCUUCUGUGUUGGAAUUUUACUUGAUAUAUAGAAUUAGUUUUACUUGAAAUCCAAAAUUAGACAGAGAAACAGGGGUCUGCCUUUUUGGUAUAUGCAGACAGUAUUCAAGCUCAGAGGUAGAGCAUUUCAUUGCCUGAACCCUGCAUCUACUAAAUGCUGCUUCUGCUGCAAGCAACGGCACUGAAUAAGCCUCAACAACAUUCCUUAGACAAUGCCUAUUUACUAAGCUAAGGAACACCACUCAAAACCUGAGGAGUCUUAACAGCUGGAAUGCAACUGUACAACUGAAUUCAGACCCUGAAAAGAUAAGAACUGAUUAGAUUCCAGCUGAGAAAAACAACAACAACAACAACACAAAACCAAAUCAACAAACAAAACAACCAACAGCAAAAACCAGAAGAAAAAAGAGCCAUUUUGAGUUGAAAGGCGAGAUGGCAGCAGUGGGCUGUCUCAGAAGAGAGAGUCUUACCAGCAGGAUCUUGUUCCCUUCCUACAGGAGAGCAGCACGCCCUGGUACAGUGUGCUGUGGUGCAGGUAUGUGCACGUACAAGCACACAUGACUGUGUCACGCAGAGGCACAGGGUGUGAACUCUUGUCAUGUUCCUCUGGCUGGUCCCCUUCCUCUAACCCCCUUGCACAGGCAAAAACAGCAGGAGUGGACAGAAUGGACAAGGAGCCAGUGAUACCGUGGUGCUGCCAUCUCCGUGCCCUCACUGCAUUGAUACGCUUGGGGUGUUGAAUUAUCAGGCAUGUCUUCCAGCAUUAUGCUAUUACAGAGGAUGUGCAAAGGGCUGAGCUGGAUGAGAGGGCUGGGGGGGGGGGUGAACAGCUUGUGGGGAGUCCCAGUAAUAGCAGCAGAUAGCAGCUCUUCUGCUGCAGUGGUUAGAGGACUCAGUUUGGUCAGGGUCACUGGUGUUCUCCACAAGUGCCUGGGAUUUCUUUUGACACUAAACCAAUAUCUAACUGAAGCUGGAAGACUUGGCCUUCAGAAUCAGAGAUUCAGGGCAGCCCUCUCCAGAUGCAGCAGAUCUGUAAGGAACAAGACCACUAACGAUAUUAUGUAAUUGCCUUUCAUUUACAUGUCAUCCACAUCAUAAAUAGGAACACUGCUUUACCUCAUCUGCCUGAUUUUUAUGUUCUGCUGCAGCAAAAAGAUAUCUCUGUUUUGUUCAUGGGCUACAGUGAGUGAUCUGUAACCCAUGUGAACCUUGGCAACACAUGCCCAGCAGAAAGGCAUCUCAGCCACACAGAAAAUUCGGUCUUUAGAUGCUCCAAAGACUGAUAGCUGGGGAAGGGCCACAGGAGUGGCUCAGAUAAGAAGCUGAGAAGGUUCCCCUGCUCCAAAACCCAGCCAAAGAGCCAUGGAGAGACAAUAGAUGCGCCUCCACGAUUAACAUACGAAAGAAUCAACACCUGAGCAGAGAAGCACCUGGGGGAGAAGAGCUGUGCUGGGGAAGGAGGGCGGUGCUGGUGGUUGGUGAGGAAAAAGGGGAAGAAGGUGCCCGAGCAGAAGUUUCCCUGCAAGUCAUGGUGAAAGGCAGGCUGUCCCCCUGCACUCAUGAAGGAACGUGAUGAAACAUUCCCUGAAGGCACCAGGAGGGGUGAACUUGGCCAGUGCACUUGGAUCUUGUGGCCAGAGGAUUUGCUGCCAGUGGACUCUGAUUGCUCAGCUUUGGAAGACCCCGGUGCCAGGGGAGUUUGUUCCCGAAGCACCCGUGACUCUGUGGAAUGCCCAGGCUGGAGCAGCUCCAGACCUCGUGGGAAGGACUCAUGAAGGAGAGGUUGGUGGAGGACUCUCUCCCAUGGGAGGGACCGCGUGGGGACGCAGGGAAGGACUGUAAGGAAUCCUUCUCCUCGAGGAGGAAGGAGCAGCAGGAACCACCAGCCUGUGAACUGACAUAAACCCUGUGCCACUGCGGGGAAGGAGGGAGAGAAACCGGGAACAAAGGG